UGCCGCCCGUCUGCGCCCAGGCACCCCACGGGCACCAUGCACCUCUCCCAGCUGCUGGCCUGCGCCCUGCUGCUCUCACUCCUCUCGCUCCGGCCCUCCGAAGCCAAGCCCGGGGCGCCGCCAAAGGUCCCGCGAACUCCGCCCGGCGAGGAGGUGGCCGAGCCCCAGGCUGCGGGCGGCGGUCAAAAGAAGGGCGACAAGACUCCAGGGGGCGGCGGCGCCAAUCUCAAGGACGACCGGUCGCGACUGCUUCGGGACCUGCGCGUGGACACCAAGUCCCGGGCGGCGUGGACCCGCCUGCUGCACGAGCACCCCAACGCGCGCAAAUACAAAGGAGGCAACAAGAAAGGUUUGUCCAAGGGCUGCUUCGGCCUCAAGCUGGACAGGAUCGGCUCCAUGAGCGGCCUGGGUUGUUAGUGCGGCGACCCCUGGCGGCGGAUUGGGGACUUGCUGCGUUUUGCUGAGGUCACCCUUGGUCAUCAGCCUCCUCGCAUCUGGAAGCACCUCCAGCGCAAUGUGGCUUUUACAUUUCUUUUUUUUUCCUGGUACUGGGAAUACACAACACCAGCUGUUUUAUGAUUAUUUAGG